CCAAAAGACAUUGCAGUACGUUUGACUAUUUCAAACGGAACGGUGUUCUUCCCAACAAAAAAAAUGAUUUUAAAUAUUUUGAUCAUAGCAGUGCUUGUUACAACAAGUUAUGGGAUAAAAAGUUACGAAAACUACAAAGUGUAUAAUGUAUAUCCAAAAUCAGAAUUAGACGUGGAAAGACUGAACGGUUUGAAGAAUGAAGAAUACGACUUUUGGACCGACGUGGUCACCGUCGGCAAUCCCGCAAGGAUCAUGGUGUCUCCUGCGCAGGAUGCUUCGUUUGUUUCCUACAUGCGAUCUGUUGGUUUAGCUGCAAAUGUUUCUAUACCAAACGUAAAAAAAUUGAUGGAUGCACAAAUGCAGCCUGCAAGCAAUGCUGACCGCAGCGCAAGGCUUGGGUCCUUCAGCUGGGAUAGAUACUACAACCUUCAGCAAAUCCAUGCAUGGCUGGAUGAGCUGGUAACUUUGUAUCCAGGUGUAGUCAGCACUCAAGUGAUUGGAAGGUCGCUAGAAGGCCGCGAGAUUAAAGGCGUGAUCAUUGACUUCAGAGAAGGUCAGAGAGGAGAGAACCCUCGCAUUGCUAUGAUUGAAGGAGGUAUUCAUGCCAGAGAAUGGAUUUCUCCAGCAACAGUAACCUGGAUUAUUAAAGAGUUCCUUACAAGCAAUGAUCCUGAAGUCAGGGCCUUGGCAGAGAACUUUAUAUGGCACAUUUUUCCAGUAGUCAACCCUGAUGGUUAUUCGUACACUUUUGCUGGGGACCGUAUGUGGAGAAAGAACAGAAACCCUGCCAACCGCGUCGAAUGCACAGAAGAUGAUAAUGACUUGGGCAAUGGAAUUGACUUGAACAGGAACUUCGAUUAUGUUUGGAUGACUGUUGGGGCAUCUUCCAACCCUUGCAGUCGGACGUACGCUGGUCCUUCGCCGUCCUCUGAACUCGAAGCUCAGGCCAUAAUGCAGCAUGUUCUAAGCCUGAAGCAGAAAGGCAACUUCCUCUACUACUUCGCUUUCCAUUCAUACUCCCAGAUGAUCCUGAUUCCUUACAGUCACGUAAAAGGACAUGAAGUUCUACAGGCUUCUAAUUAUGCUGAUAUGUAUGAAAUUGCAAUUUACGGUGCUGAAAAACUAAAACAGAGGCAUGGUACUGCCUACAAAGUGGGAACUUCAGCUGAAAUUCUAUACCCAGUCAGUGGUGCCAGCUUCGAUUGGGUGAAGGGAGUUGCAGACAUUCCCAUCGUCUACUUAUUCGAGCUUAGAGACGUCGGAGAGUAUGGAUUCAUGCUUCCUCCAGAAGAAAUUAUCCCUAAUAAUGAGGAGAUCAUGGACUGCCUUCUAGAGAUGGACAAGGCGACGAGGUUUUUGAAUUAUUACGAACGUUCCGGAACCAAUGCAGUUUAUAUUUCUGUUAUGACAUUGUUUACUAAUUUAGUGUUCUUGGUGUUGUUCAAAUAAAUUAUUUUUAAACUCUUGAGAUCUUUAUGUCUCAGAUUUUUCUUGUCGAGGACA